AUGAGUGGUGAAUUAACUCGGAAUGUGGGCGAAAGACACCCCGAAGAACCGUCCAAAUUAUUGAAAGAUAGGAUCAUUUAUCAUUACGACGUUUGCGCUGAAUACUAUUAUUCUCUUUGGGGCGAACAUAUCCACCACGGAUACUUCCUCACUCCCACUGAUACAAAAGAAGUUGCUCAAAUACAACAAAUAGAACUCUUGGUUCGCCAGUCGAACCUCGAACCGGGAAGUAAAGUACUGGAUGUCGGAUGUGGACUCGGUGGUACAUCUCGAUAUCUAGCACGAGAACUGGGUUGUGAGGUGAUGGGAAUCGCAUUAAGUGAUGCAGAGAUAAGGAUUGCAAGGCGAGUGAGUAUAGGAGAGGCAGAUGGCGGAGAUGAGGAUGAAGAUGGUUUCAUUAGGCUGGGAAAAGGAAGAGUGAAAUUCAUGGCUCUAGACGCUGAGAUGAUAGAAGAAACUUUUAGGAAUGAAACGACGAAAACGUUUGACUGUGUAUGGAUUUCGGAUGCAAUAAGUCAUCUUCCAGAUAAGAGAAAGUUCGUCAGUGACGUAGCAAAGCUGUUGGAUAUUGGAGGAAAGCUGGUGCUUGCGGAUUGGUUUGCAGUUGAUUCAUGUAUGAACAACGGUCUAAAGACUAGGCAACAAAAUGAUGACUUGACAGCUAUUGAAAAUGGCAUGAUGCUUCCUCCACUCAUCGGUCAAGAAGUAUUUGUACGCUUAGCUGGGAUGAAGGGGCUAAGUCUCUUGGUUGAACCACUCGAGAUCAGUGAAAAGGUGUCGAGGACAUGGGAUAUAUCGUGGUCCUUAAUUACCAAGCCAAAAUUAUGGCUUUUUGCUCUUUCGCAAGGAAGGGAAGGGCUAGCGUUUGUAGGUGCGCUGAGGGCGACGAGAAGGGCGUAUUCGAACCAGACAUUUCAAUAUGCUGUUUUGGUGUUUGGGAAAUAA